GCUUUCAUUAGUCAGGUCUGGGUCACAUUCCUACCCCUAGAACCAGAGUGUGUGGGAUCCCCAAGUUCUCCCGGAAUCUGAUGGCCAGGAUCUUCAAUGGACACCCAGCCCAGAAGGGCACCACCCCAUGGAUUGCCAUGCUCUCGCACCUGAAUGGGCAGCCCUUCUGCGGGGGCUCCCUUUUAGGCUCCAAAUGGAUUGUGACCGCAGCUCACUGCCUUCACCAACUGCUGGAUUCAGAGGAGGCAACCCUACACGGCUUGGACUUGCUCAGCCCCUCUGCCUUCAAAAUCAUCAUGGGCAAGCAUUGGAGGUACCGGUCAGAUGAGAAUGAACAGAGUCUCAACGUCAAACAAAUCUUCCUCCAUCCCCUGUAUAACCCCAACACAUUUGAGAAUGACAUGGCUCUGGUGGAGCUGUUGAAGAGCCCGGUGCUGAAUGACUUUGUGAUGCCCAUCUGUCUGCCCCAGGGGCCAUCGCAGGAAGGUACCACCCCCACCUGUGAUUCCACCUCUGCAGAGCACCUGGUGCCUCCACAGAGCCUUCUUCUCCAGCAUUGCUCGGGCUCUGGUGCCAACUGAGCCAGCUGACCAUGUCUGUGUGAUUCCUCAGCUGCCUCCCCUAAAACAGCUGAGUCAAAACUGGUUCCAAGGUAAACAGGCAGGCUUGAUCAGUACUGCAAGCACUAUAUCAGUCAGGGUCCAGAUAGGAAAACAGAAACCAGACCAGUUAUUAUAUCAGAGAGA